AAGAGCACAACUCAAUCACUUGUGUCCGAAAAUCCCGAAAACUGUUUUUAUUACGGAUCUCAACCAAACAAACACACAAAAAGGGUAACAAAACAAAUCUCUCUCCCUCCCUCUCUCCCUCCGCAGCCAAGCCACCACCGGUCGUCUUAAAUGGGGAAAGGAGGGACGCUAAGCGAGAGCGUGAUAAAAAAGAUCGUCCUCUCCUACAGCUACGUGGCGAUAUGGAUCUUCCUCAGCUUCACAGUGAUCGUCUACAACAAGUACAUCCUCGACAAGAAGAUGUACAACUGGCCUUACCCCAUCUCCCUCACCAUGAUCCACAUGUCCUUCUGCUCAGCCCUCGCCUUCCUCCUCAUCAAAGUCUUCAAACUCGUCGAGCCAGUCUCCAUGUCACGCGACACCUACCUCAGAUCCGUCGUCCCCAUCGGAGCCCUCUACUCCCUCUCCCUCUGGCUCUCCAACUCCGCCUACAUCUACCUCUCCGUCUCCUUCAUCCAGAUGCUCAAAGCCCUCAUGCCCGUCGCCGUCUACUCCAUCGGCGUCCUCCUCAAGAAAGAAGGUUUCAAGUCAGACACCAUGACCAACAUGCUCUCCAUCUCCUUCGGCGUCGCGAUCGCCGCCUACGGGGAAGCUAGGUUCGACGUCUUCGGCGUGAUCCUCCAGCUCGGCGCGGUUGCCUUCGAGGCGACGCGUCUGGUGUUGAUUCAGAUCUUGCUUACCUCCAAAGGCAUCACGCUUAACCCUAUCACGUCUCUUUACUACGUUGCUCCUUGCUGCUUGGCGUUCUUGUUUGUCCCCUGGAUCUACGUUGAGUUCCCUGUGCUUAGAGACACGUCUAGCUUCCACUUCGAUUACGCUAUCUUCGGGAGUAAUUCGUUGUGUGCGUUCGCGUUGAACCUCGCUGUGUUUCUUCUUGUGGGGAAGACCUCUGCUUUGACGAUGAAUGUUGCUGGUGUGGUUAAAGAUUGGCUGUUGAUUGCUUUCUCGUGGUCUGUGAUUAAGGAUACCGUGACUCCUAUUAAUCUUUUUGGGUAUGGGAUUGCGUUCUUGGGAGUUGCGUAUUACAAUCAUGCCAAGUUGCAGGCUUUGAAGGCUAAUGAGGCUCAGAAGAAGGUUCAGCAAGCUGAUGAGGAGAGUGGGAGGUUGUUGGAAGAGAAGGGUGGUGGUGGUGGUGAUGGUGGUGAAGGCAAGAAGAAUGAGUCUGAGAACUGAGUGGAAGAGAGACACAUAAAGUUGGUUGAAGAGUAAUAAGAGCAUGGAAGAGAAGUGUGAUGUUGCUUUUGUCUUAUUGCUUUCCUCUUGUUUUUUUUUUCAAGCUAUUUAUUAGUUACAAUGGUGUUACCAAGACCUCUGUUUAUGAAUUUUCCUCUCUUAUUUAACCAUACUGGAAUCAGUGAAAAGUUUCAGUAUGCA